UGUUGGGGCUUCCUCUCAAUCCUGUGACACCAAGGCUCCAAGAGUGUCACCCCAAAGAUGCUGCUGCCGCCGCUGCUGCUAUCGCUGCUGUGGGUAGGUGAGUGGGGCGGGGGCUCGACUAAUCCUCGUUUCCCCGCAGGGUCCCUGGCUCAGGAUCUGAGAUACCAGCUGGACGUGCCGCGGUCCGUGUCGGUGCAGGAGGGCCUGUGUGUCCACGUGGCCUGCUCUGUCUCCUAUCCCCGGGAAGGCUGGAAAGACUCUGACCCAGCUCACAGCUACUGGUUCCGGGAAAGGGCAGAUUCCCCUGGAGAUCCCCCAGUGGCCACAAACAACCCAGAGCAUGAGGUGCUCAGUGAGACCCAGGGCCGAUUCCUCCUUGUUGGAGACCCCUGGACCAAAGACUGCUCCCUGGACAUCAGAGACGCCCAGAGGAUGGAUACGGGGACAUACAUCUUUAGGGUGGAGAGAGGGCCUACUGUGAGAUAUAGUUAUAAACGGCAUCCACUUUCGGUCCGUGUGACGGCUCUGACAGACACACCUGACAUCCACGUCCAGGGGACCCUAGCAUCCGGCCGCCCCACCAACCUCACCUGUGCAGUGCCAUGGGCCUGUGAGAGGGGGACGCCCCCCACCUUCUCCUGGACCGGUGUUGCCCUCACCUCCCCGCACCCCGAGAGUCCCCACUCCUCAGUGCUCACCCUCACCCCAAGUCCCCAGGACCACGGCACCAACCUCACGUGUCGUGUGACCUUCCCUGGAGCUGGUGUGAGCACAGAGGCGACCAUCAGGCUUAAUGUGUCCUAUGCACCCCAGGAGCUGACCAUCAGAGUGUACCAGAAAGAAGGCACAGGACCUGAAACUCUGGGCAAAAGCCAGUCUCUUUCAGUCCAGGAGGGCCAGUCCCUGCGCCUGGACUGUGUUCCUGACAGCAACCCUCCUGCCAUGAUCAGCUGGACCCGAGAGAGCCUGACUCUGAGCCCCUCGAAUUCCUCGAACCCUGGGGUCCUCGAGCUGCCCCGGGUGGAACUGAGGGACCACGGAUUAUAUGUCUGCCAAGCUCAGCAUCCACUGGGCUCCAAGAAAGCGUCUCUGAAUCUCGUUGUGAGAACUCCCCUACAGCUGCUGGGCCCCUCCUGCUCCCAGGAGGACGAAGGUCUGAGCUGCAGCUGCUCCACGCGAGCCUGGCCGGCCCCCUCCCUGCACUGGCGGCUGGACGAGGGGCUGCUGGAGGGGAACUUCAGUAACACCUCCUUUGAGGUCGCCUCCAGCUCCGCCGGGCCCUGGGCUAAUAGCUCCCUGAACCUCCGCGAGGGGCUCAGCUCCGGCCUCAGACUCAGCUGUGAGGCCCAGAAUGCCCACGGGAAACAGAUCGUGAAGAUCCUGCUGCUGCCAGGGAGACCAGGACCCAGGACCGGCGUGGUUCAGGGGGCCAUCGGAGGAGCUGGUGUUACAGCCCUGCUUGCUCUCUGUCUCAUCUUUGUAGUGAAGAUCUACAGGAAGAAGUCGGUGGAGAGAGCGUCGAGCCAAGAUGGCGGCUGCCCAGCGCCGCGUCCCGCGUCCCGGGGUCACUUCAAUGAAUCCUGGUCAGACAGCGCCUCUGACUACCAGACCCCAGCUUCGGCUGCUUCCACCUCAGAGAAGGAACAAGAACUCUAUUAUGCAAACCUCAGUUUCCACAGACCGAGGACCCACAACUUUCAGGUCUGGGACACCACCGAGUACUCAGAGAUCAAGAUUGGGAAGUGAUAGGACCCUGUCUCCACCCCCAGAAAAUGCACCUCUGAGGGAUGUGUGUGUCAGAUACUGAUUCUUGAAGACUUGGCUGCCUGCUGAGUCAAAGCCUAUAAGUGAGAAGGUGAGGUUCCUUGGAGUGGCUGAAGGUCACAGUUAGAGAGUCCUGGGUUCAAAUCCAGGCUUGGGUAAUGCUAAGGGUGUUAUGUCAAGCAAGUCAAAGGAUUUUCUCUCUCUGUGCCUCAGUUUCCUCCUCUGUAAAGUGAGGAUAAUAUUCCUCAGUUCAGUUCAGUUCAGUCACUUAGACACGUCUGGUUCUUUUUAACCCCAUGGACUGCAGCACGCCAGGC